CAGCAAUGGCAACAUGGCGAUGCUCGCUGAAUUAAAUCAGGAACUGUAAGUUCCCCCCACAUUUCCACAAAAACUGUUUAAAGUUUUGGCAGUCAUGUGGUGUGCAUUUGCUGGACGACAUUUACCAUGGUUGAUAUUCCUGGUCUCACUUGUAUUCGGCGGGAAAAUGAAGAUUGUCGAGGAACCAAAUACAUUUGGUUUGAACAACCACCUCCUGGCGCAGGGAAGCCGCUUACAGCCAAGAGUCAGUCCAUCUGGCGUGUCUGGCCCUCCUCAUCUGUGGCGUCUGGCAGGAAAAUGCUUCAGCUACCUCGAGUCCACGUAUAAGUAUGAGUUCUGUCCAUUCCAUAAUGUGACCCAACAUGAGCAGAGCUUCAGGUGGAAUGCCUAUAAUGGAAUACUGGGGAUCUGGCAGGAGUGGGAGAUAGAGAAUAACACAUUCACCGCUAUGUGGAUGAGAGAGGGAGACUCCUGUGGCAACAAGAACAGACAAACAAAGGUCCUCUUUUCAUGUGGCAACAGCAGUAAGCUGGCCAGGGUGUCGGAGCCACAGACUUGCAUGUACUCACUCACAUUUGAGACACCACUCGUCUGCCAUGCACACUCCCUCUUAGUAUAUCCAGUGUUGAAUGAGAAACUUCAGAAGGAAUGGGAUGACAUUGAGCAAGCCCGGUAUGAAGAACUCAUCACUGAACAGGGCUACAAUAAGAUGCUGAGGGAACUGUUUGAAGAGGCCGGUUUCCUGAAGAGAGCUCAAAAGCUGCAGAAAGAGGAAAAACAAGCACAAAAGCACCAAAGUCUAGAGCAGUGCAUGCAGGACUUUGAGAAACAGCGUGCUGAAAUGCAACGACUGCACGCUCUCCUCAUCCAGCACAACAUUUCCUAUGAGACAUACACUGGAAGUUCAAACACUCCACAGACCCCUCAGCCCUCAGCAGUAGGUGCCCAGCAUCUCCGUGGCAACACAGGAAGCAUCGCCAAGCAAGAUGCCUAACAACCACUUACGUCUCAGCCAACUGGGAGAAGACCUUGUGUUCAGUGACGAGCAACUGCAGGAUAUUUCAUUGUUCUGAUAACCUUUCUAAGUUUGGCCUAGUAUCAUGAUCUUCUAACCAUUUUAGUCAGAGGACAGUACUGGCAUUUUGACAGAACAUAUUCACUUUGUUCCUCCUUUUCGUUGCAUCUUCAGAAAAAACUGAGCACACCUUUUUAAAAAAAAUCAAUCUGUUACAUACUUAUGGUGAAUAAAAAACACAUUAUAUAGACUUUUUAAAACAACAAAACUUUCCAUGUUAAUGAAUAUGUACAAAGCAAGCAAUGAAUCUUGUUUUGGUUCAUAAUAUAAAAGUAGUUGAUUCAGCCUUGAAUGUGAACAAUGUCAAUUGUAUCUGUUUAACAAAUGCUAAUAUUACCAUUCAAAUUCAACAUGUCAUGACCUUCCUGAACUCUUAUGCGUUAUGUUGUUCUCCACCAGGACUUGGGAAGUAUUAAACAGUUAAAAUUGUUUCCACCUUUAGUUAAGUACAUGCUCUUCCAGCAGAAGGGGACAUAUGGUUGGAUUAAUUAUAUGUUAUUAAAUUGCACAUAUGCUUCAGCCUUUAGUGCACACUACUGUCACACAGUCCCUCUCAAACAAGUUGCAACAUAUUAAGAAGUGUCAAGUACUUUGCAUAUGAACACUUCAGAAUGACAUGCACAACCGGGCGCAACUUGAGUUUCAGAAAUGUGAUGUUUAAUAGUUGGAACGUAUUUUGUGCCACGAAAUUGGAACCAGUUUUCUAUAACUUUGCUGUUUUGUUUUGGGUUGGGUUUUUUUUUUUUUUUUUUGCUUUUUCCGUUUUUGCUCCAGUGUGUAGCCACGCCAAAUAAAUGUAUUUAAGCUGUCAAAAUGAUUUA